CUACAUGCUCUGGUAUAUCGAUGGCAUAAAGACACAUCCUCUGUGAACAAAAAUGGGGGCAUCUGGUUCCUGACAGACCACGUGACUUCGGAGUCUGAUCUCCAUGGUUACUCUCGAAUCGAUGGAAUGGCUGCUCUGGUGCCAGGAAUUAGCUGUCCUAAAUUUAGUAUACCUGCAAGCUGCGUAAAACCACGAACGGAAGCCGGGGGAAGACAUCGGGAUUUUUCGCUCCAAGACCUUCUUGUCUAUCUUUCUUGAAGUGGACAAGAAGUAAAAUUAUGUUCUCUCUUGAACCAGGAAGUGACCGUGUUAUCUAUCAUAAGUGAUGUAAACAAAAGUAGAUAAAGGGAGAUGUGUGAAAAGGACGGAUGAAGUAUUUUGUUGGUCACGUGUUUCGUGAGUCAAAUUUGUUUAUAUCGAAAAAAGGGAAUUCUGUCAAGUGUUUAUUAUGAUUGGCAAGCUGAUUAGAUGACAGACUAACUGAUGGAAUACAUCAAUUACGUCCUUGUCUACGAAGAUCCUAAAUAUAACAACAAAGAAAAUGACAGCCACGAAGAGCGGUUGGAAAGUCUUCGUCGCCGCUUUGUCAUUGGAAUGCGAAAAGAGAAUCUGUCGGUGCAAGAAGAAAGGGUGGGGAAACACAUGUUCAUCAAAGUUUCUUGCCCACUGGAGCGAAUGUACAAAGAAGCUGAGGCAUUCCGAGUUGAACUGCCAUUGCUGGGGUUAGUUAUACAGAAUCCAGAACAACAACAAGAGGCAAUGAUUGAAAGAAAAAUGAAAAAAUUGUUCAGUGAAACAAAACGAACGAAGAACUCAGUGUGUGCACCAUUUCAAAAGGACUGUAUAGAACUGUUUACAGAUUCAGAUCAUCCCAAUGAAUGCAUUUUAUGGUCUUCAAUCAGAUGUUUAUUAGUUUACAAUAUACUUAGCAAUAUAAACAUAUCAAGACAUAAUGACAAUGAUGAAUUACCGGAAAAAAUUGGUCUAUCGUACCUAUUAAUGAUGAGGGCUUUUAAAGACGGAUUCACCCUCCACGAUCCAUCUAUCAUAGAACCCGUCAGUCUGAGCGAAAUUCGACGGAGGGUGGAGGACCUCCGGGACGAGACGCCCCCCACAGACCUGCGCAGAGAACUGAGUAGAAAAUGGGGUGGCCCAUGCAGCAGGCAGCCCAUCCACGAAAUCAGAGAUUACUUCGGUGAAAAAAUCGCUUUCUACUUUGCUUGGGUGUCCACUCUCAUGGCCUCUCUAUGGAUACCGGCUAUUCUCGGAGUUGGAGUUUUUGCUUAUGGUCUCACUGAAAGGUUGGAAAAUGUUGAGGCAAAGGGCAUGAUAUACGUCAUAGAAAUAGUGAAGCAAUCAAGUGACAACAAUCUGACGCCAGGAUUUGCCGCCAUCAUUUGCCUAUGGGGUACAAUAUUUAUGGAAGUUUGGAAAAGAAGACAAAUAUCUCUGGCUCGUCAAUGGUAUGUCGACAACUUCGAUAACGUAGAGCCGGAUAGACCCCAGUUUUAUGGAACCAAGGGACACAUUAAUCAGUUUACUAAGCAGUUUAUCCUUCAUUAUCCAUUUCAGAAAAGAAUACUCAAAUAUACUGUUUCUCUUUCCGUUCUGUUGUUUAUGGUGAUGUUGGUCUUUAUCAGUGUUACGUCCGUCAUUCUAUAUCGAGUUUACAUGACGAUAUCCUUCUGUACGGAAGGCGAUAAUGUGUGUGACUUACUGCAUGGAACCAUUUUGGCCACCUUCUACAACACUUUGUCCAUUAUGCUCUUAGGGAGGAUAUAUGAAUAUAUUGCGGAGAAAUUAACGAAUUGGGAAAACCAUCAAACCCUCAGUGCGCACAAUGAUGCCCUCAUCAUCAAACUUUUUGCAUUUCAGUUCGCCAACACUUAUGCAUCUCUCUUUUAUACGGCAUUUUUCAGAAGGGACUUUGGAACAGGAAUAUUGGGUUUAAGCGAAAAAUACGUGGAUAAUUGCGGCCAUAAAGAUAAUGACAAUUGCAUGUCCCUACUGUCUUUCCAACUCCUAAUUCUCAUGAUAGUGAAACCAUUUCCCAAAUUCGCUAAAGAUGUUUUAUUGCCUUUGUUCAAGAAGUGCCUUCGACACUUUCGUUUCAAUGAAAUCGACGACAUAACGACAGAUGAAGGGAUAUCAAAACAAAACUACCUGAUGAGAGAGUAUCAAAAACCAGCUGCUGAAGAUUUUCGGCUGGGCGAGUUCACGGAAAAGAUGAUUCAAUACGGAUAUCUUGUGAUGUUUGCAGCUUCUUUUCCACUAGCCCCGGCACUUGCUUUGCUUUUCAAUAUGAUUGACUUCAAAAUUGAUUCCCGUCGACUUCUCAACUGGAACAGAAGGCCUAUACCUUACAGAGACAAUGACAUUGGUAUAUGGUUCAACAUCAUCAACUUCAUCAACAUCUGUGGUGUCAUUAGUAACGCCUUUCUCAUUGCCUUUACUUCAGAAAUAGGGAGGGGCUUCAGCUUAUACAUGCAGUUCGCAUUUGUCAUCGGAUUUGAGCAUUUCAUUUUUGUCAUGAAGUUCCUGCUAACUCUCAUCAUUCCUGAUGUUCCUACAUGGGUGCAAAAUUCAAUAAAAAAGGAAAGGUACCUCGUUUCUUACCUAAUGUCCAGGCUGAAAUUCAACCCUCAAUACGGCGAAGGAAUGCAGCGGAGAAAAAUGGUUAUACCUGAAGAAACCGCAGAAUGUGGUGACAUUCCACUCGAAAUAAGGAACUGCCACCCUAAUGGGAUACCCAAGUCUCGUUGGAGUUGCUAAGUGUUCAAAAAUAGUUUCGUAUAGCUAAUUUCAAGUUGCAAUUUUAUAUUUCGAACUGAAUUUUCGGUGACUAAGAGAAUUGAGAGAGAGAGAGAGAUAAGGGCUGCUAAUAGAAAAUAGGUUUUGUCAUACGGGAAGACGGCUAGUUUAGUUCUGAAGGAACUUUAUUACUUUUAUGAUCAUUGUUGCCAUACAUUGCAUUUGGUUUUUUCAUUAUCGUUGUACAGGCUUCCAUUUUGUCCACAUUAACAUUUUUGCGAAUGCUGUUGCUAUAAUUUAUGUUCGUAUUUUAGUUGCAUUGAAGACCUCAGAUAUUUGUAAUAUCUUUUUUAUAUUUUUUGUGUUAUCACUCUCACCAUGUAUUACAUUUUAAAAUUUUAUUUAUACAUAUUUUGGUUGCAUUAUUUUAUAUUUUAGUUGCAUUGAAGACCUCAGAUAUUUUCAUUAUCUUUUAAAUAUUUUCUGUAUUAUCACUCUCACCAUGUAUUGCAUUUCAAAAUUUUUGUUUAUAUUCUUGACGAUCUCAUAUGCACUUUUUCAUUGUAUGUCUGUAGGUAUUUGUGAUUGUGUAUGUUUGUAUCUGCAAGAAAACCUUUCGUGUUUUAUUUACCACGUUAGCCGUCACGUCUUUUAACGAUUACUGACACAAAACUUUCCGUUCAGGCAGCGGGUUUCGUCGGUGACCGACGGUAUAAAAUACGAAGUGAAAUUAAAAAAUUACAAUGCUAGUGACUACAGGGUUCUAUCAUUAAUGUAAUUAAACGUUGCUAAUCAAAACUCUAAUGCAUUUUGUUGAAAUAGUUUAAACGAUGAAACGUUUAACCUUCAAUGCCUUCGCAAUGCGUAACUGGAAUUUUUUCAUAAAUGCUUGUGGCAGCUAACAUGUUAAUUUAAUAAUUGCAAUCGAUCAAGAGGAAAAAUCUCAUUUUCUUUCUUUAUUUUGCAAGUGUAAACCUUUUUGAGGACUGUUCAACCAAAAACAUAUUCUUAUGCAAAGGUCCGAAUUUUCAAUAAAAAUUGAACACAUGCGUUUUGGAGGUAAAGAAAUUCCUUCCUCAUGACUUAAAAUUGAAAAAAUUGACGAAAAUAGCUUUGAUUGUCAUCCCUCAUUAAGAACUGAAGAUUGAACUUCUUGUAAGGGGGAAAAUACCUGUACCCAUUUUCAAUACAAUUGCCAGGUUGCAAAUCACAGUUUCCUGUGGAUUACUAUUUGAAGCUCGAUUGAUAAUAAAAUUCUCCUUGUUUUUCUUCAUUAACACGAUAGAAAAAAGUAAACAAUUUAAACUUGAAAUUAAUUGUUUGCAAUUUCACUUUUUGUACUCUUGUACCCUAGAAUUAAUGUUCUACUCUUUAAUUGAACUAUUUAAGUUCUACUAUUUAAGUUCUGAAACUAGCAACGAUAAAACAUAAGUAAAAAAUCCUACAUGUAUUUGAAUCGAUGAGUUCGAAAACCAGUCUCUUUUGGCAAAACCCAGGAGAGGACUCGUUUAUGAAUUUUUCGAUUCAUUUGUACUCGAGUACAGAAACAUGGGGAGGUUAGCGAGUACUUAUUCCGAAGACAAGAAAGUCAUGUAAAUAGUUACAUAUUAUGUGUAUUUACUUACUAUAUGUUGUUGUGUCCAGUUUAUUAUUCCGAUGUCGCGAUUGACCCUGUUCCUUACGUUACCACAAGUCAGAACUCAGAUGGAUGUUUUAAAAAUAAAACUGCCAAUUUUCCUGUUCUGAAUAAGAAUUUAUGAACUGUUAUGUAUAAAUUAAAUUCAUCUUAUGUAUCAAAUACUUAUGUAUAAAAUGGAAUAUUUAUAUAUUGCCAUAAUGUUAAUGCUUCAAAUUGAUUUUGAAAUGCUGUUAGUUUCUAAAACUGAAAGAUGAUAAAUUUUGUACAGAUGUUACUCAGAAGUUAUUUGUAUAAAAGAGCUUAUAUCAUUGGAAAUUUCUAAACUUUGUUUGUUACAGUUAACAAAUGUUUACAUCCUUUAUCAUGCAUGUGCUGCAAAAUUUGCUACCGUUGACAAAUGUCUAUUAAUUAUACCCUGGAUACACUAUGCAAGAUUUUCUGUAUAAUAAACAAUGUAACAGAACAGCAUCUCUUCUAAUACUACAAGAGAUACUGUUCUGUUACAUCAAGUUCAUUUUUUAAACAUUUUAUUGAAAUUUUAUGAACCAAAAUAAAAUUUUUUGUAACUUAGAAAAAAAGAAUUUGCCUUAAAAAUGUGAAGUCCCUCAAAAUAAAUAUUUAUGUAAAAGAAUUUGCCUUAAAAAUGUGAUGUCCCUCAAAAUAAAGAUUUAUGUCUUUCAUUAGCAAAUCCUGUCUCGUUCAAUUCCUUAAUUUUUCUGUGUUUCUAACAGUUAUCAAUUUUUCUCUGCGUAUUCUUGAAUCUCUCCUUUUCGUUUUCUUUUUUUACUUCCGAUUUUUUUCUUUUCAGUUUUUCCCAAUCUCAGAUUUUCUUCUUACUAAAGUUUUUUUUAAACUUCCGAUUUUCUUAUUUUCAUUUGUCCUCUUCUCCUGAUUUCUUCUUUUUAAAUGCAGCUUAAAAGUUUCCCUUUAACAUGGAAUGUUGAUGGUAUUAUUCAAAACGAAAGUAAUGAAUGAUUUGGAACAGGAGUUCCCAAUCUGGGUGCCGCGGCACCCUGAGGAGCCACAACAAGAGGUGAGGGAUUCCGCGCAUGGUAUCAAUAUAUAUAUGUAUAUAAAGGAGGUAGACUUAGGUGCCGUGGGAA